AUGGGCUCCAAUGAACAACCCAACCGCCUGCUGGCGUACAACAUUUACGUCUACAGGAAGCCAGACAUGGAUGAGCAAAGCCAUCACCAGCACCUAGAGCACGUCAACAGCCCAAUCAUUACUUCUCUUCUCAAGAAGUACGGCGCAGUCUCCUACAGUGUGACACACAACGACUCUACUUCCAAAGCGGCCUUCAAGCGCUUGUUUUCUGACGCGCCAGAAGCGAUGUUACUAGACUACGACAGCGUAAUCUCUAUGAUUGUCCCGAACAUCGAGUGCAUUGAGAAAAUGCGCGAAGACCCCGAUUUCAUGCAAAAGUUCAUUCCGGAUCACUUCAACUUUGCUGACAUGAGCCGAAGCAGGUAG